GGAUGGGAUACCGAUUCAGAGAGUUCAGACAUGGCGUUGUUCUGUUCCAUGAAAGUGUAGCUUGCGGGAAGUGAAAUUGCUUGCAAUUUCAAUCCAGUUUAACUAUUUUUCUCGAGUAUUACGUUAAUUCCAAGCUAACUGUGAAUACUUUUAUUGUGGCCAUUUAAUAACACGCAGUGAAAUGAGUGAACGCAGGUGGGGCAAUUUUAGCUCCUGUUGUAGAUUGUGUCUGACGGAAAAGUUGGGUGCGUUGAAACCCAUUUUUGACGAUGCAGCACUUGGCCAAGACAUGAUGGUUAACAUUCAAGAAUGCGUCAAUGUCGAAAUAAAGCCCGAUGAUAAAUUAUCCACGAUGAUCUGCGAAAAGUGCACUAAUCAAGUUAAAUCGUGGAAAAGUUUUCGGCAUUUAUGCAUGAAAAAUCAAUCGAAAUUGGAGACGUGGAUGAACGACUGGAAUUCGAAUAGUCCCAAUGACGCUCUCGACGUGAGCAUCAGAAUUAAAGAUGAAGUGAUGGAUGAUAAUGAAGACGAGGAAGGCGCAACCACUACCAACAACGGUGGCGAGGAGGAUGACGUGCGCAUAAAAUCUGAGCCCAUUGAUCCGAUGGAUGCUAUUUACCACGUGGAAACCGAAUUACAUUCCGAUGGAUACGAUUAUCCACCAUCUUUAAGCCCACCUGCUGAAAUAGCGAGUCAGAAGAAUGGUCCUGCGCCCGUUGAAGAAGAGGAGGAAGAGGAAGUAAUCUCCGAUGGUAAGUCAUGCAUAACAUGUAAUAAGACGUUCAGCAGUGUUGCAAACCGACACAGACACGAUGCUGUUUUCCAUCGUGGCAAUAAACGAAAAGCUGAGGCAGCUAAAGCAUCGACCCCUAACAAAAAACCAGCCACAAUCACUAACGGUGAGAUCGAGCUCCAAAAGAUACAGUUCGCCGCCGGAUUACAGUUGAAGCAGCGUUCGGAGAAUUCCGAACCAGUUCCCUUAGAAGACAUGGCUUUGACGAAGGUGGAACUGAGCUACUUGGAACGAUGCAAAAUAUUAAUAAAGAUGACUGAUACUUUAACUUGCGUCUGUCACAAUGAAACCUACGACCAGGUACGCGAUUUGCAUAUUCACUUGAAAAAGCAAAGGCAGUGGUUUGCCAUGUUUACCUGUUACAAUUGUAUGAUUACUUAUACCGAGAGAUCUGCCUACAUGAAGCAUUUUUGCUGCUGUAAAAAGGAUGUAUUGCAAAAUUUACGACGUUUGGUGGAAUCGCCAGUUAACCCGGAAAUCAAAAUUCGUUUGUAUCAAAAUUAUAAAUGUCUAAGAUGUAACUGUAUUUUCGGAUUUUACGAGGAUUUCUGCAGUCACUUUGAUGUCGACCACAUGGAACUGCUGCAGAAUACGCCGCCUUAUGUUUGCUUCUGUUCAAAAUCGUUUGACGAAAUGGACGAUUAUCGCCAGCACUUGCACAUCGCGUGUUUUUUGCGUUACUUUUGUGACAUAUGCUUCGAAGUGUUUCCCUCGGUGGAGGAGUUUCGGAGCCAUUGCGAGGAAGAACACGACCACUCGGAACCGGGCGUAUUACAACCUUACGAUCCGUUUAGUAAACCAAAGUCACGCGCCGACACACCGUCUCUCCUUACCAGAAGAUCGUUGCAGAGUGAAAUUGUAAGACGAGACAAAAAUGACGAUUUGCGCCAAUUAACUAGACGCAGAACCUUAAACUUGCCUUCAUCUGAGAAUUCGAGUCAAGUGUCCGAGGCAACACCCGACUUGGAUGAGGAAGAUCCUGAUUACACGCCCGAACAACCCAAGGUUCUACAAAAUUUACCCACUUUGAAGUCGUCCAAUCCGGCAACCUGCCCAGACUGUGGAAAGACCUAUUCGACUUAUCACAAUAUGUUGCGUCAUUAUAAACUAUCGCAUGACGAAGCAGGGAGGAUUCUCGAAUGUCGAUUUUGUGAUGAAAAAUUCAGACUGAUCACCGAAUUGAAGGAUCACGAAGCGAACGAGCACGGCGAGGAAGACGAUAUCAAAACUGAACUGAGUUUUGAUGCAUCCUCACGUCCGUUUAAUUUCUCCUGUCCCGAUUGUGGGGCGCUCUUUAGCAAUACGGAGGAUUGGGCCAAGCAUAUGGAGACGCAUCCAAAGAAAGUUUGCGAUGAAUGUGACAAAGAGUUCGCCUCUCAGUCUGAAUUGGAUAAUCACAGAAGCGUUCAUUUGAAUCUGAAAGUCUACAGGGAUUCUGAGACCAAAGGUUAUAAAAGUGCCAUCGUUAGCCCUUCGUUAAUUUGUGAAACAUGUGAUAAGUCGUUUGCGAAUAAAAGCGAACUGAGACACCAUAAGUUGUUGCACGAGAAAAUGCCAGUGUUGAGUGCUCAAGAUGGUAGUCUGAUAGAGGAGAAGGUGGAUUUGAGCAAGAAAUUCAGCUGUAUUCCGUGCGAUAAGCAUUACGUCAGCUAUGGUGGAAUCUGGGAUCACAACAAGAAACAUCACCCUAAUCAACAAAUCACUUCAGAGUACCCAAAGAAGUGCGGACUAUGCGAGAAAGUAAUCUCAUCGAGAGGGGCGUGGUCAAACCAUGAGAAAAUGCACGAACGUUUGGCUAACAUGAAACGGGACGUCGAAGAAGAUGGCGAAGAGUCACGAUCUUCAAAGCAACAAUCGGCACCAGAUAGUAAUGACGAUGAUGAGUCUUAUCACACCUGUAAGCGAUGCUUUAAGGUAUUCUCAAGCAAAUACAACUUAAAGAAUCACAUGAAAUGCCACGGUAUUAAUCUCAAUCCGAGUCGCAGCAGUACGAAGACCGGGAAGAUUAUAAAAACUUACUGGUGUAACAUUUGCCAUCAAGCAUGUCCAGGUUAUGCGGAGUUACAGGAGCACAAACGCGAACAUGUAUCGGAAAAUCGAACAACUAUAAAGCAAGAGGAAGAUUCUGAUGAUGGCAAAGAAGUGUUCGAAUGUGACGAGUGUUCGUUAACAUUCCCCACAAACAUAGCCCUUGCGCGACAUCAAGAGAAACAUAUCAAGCGAGUGGAAAAUACACAGAAGCUAGUGUCAGUGUACUGUAAGUAUUGCAAAGUACCAUUCCCAAGUGUCAGCGAUUUAAAUGACCAUAUGGACAAGGAUCAUAGCGACAUGACAUCCAAGCCAAAGGUACAGGUACCUGGAACAAAACAUAUCUGUAAACUAUGUAAGAAAAUUUUCGACAAUCCAGGCGCGCUCGCCUCCCACCAAGGUUGGCAUAAGAGAGUCAAAUUCAACCGGGUGCGCGCGCAGGAGCAACUUGUUAAAGCAAUGGCCGCAAAGAAAAGCAAACCAUCAGCCUCGUACCAGUUCCAAUGUUCAAACUGCCCCGCACGUUUCCCGACAGAUUCAACUUUGCAAAUCCACAUCCUCGAAACACAUCGGAAUAUCAACACAACCGUAUUAAUUAUGAAAUGCAACAGUUGUAAAAUGAGCUUCGACAAAAAAUCCGCGUUCGAUAUUCACAUGCAACUACACAAGCAGGUGGAGAGCAAAUCGACGAAAGCAUUCUCGUGCAAAUACUGCCCCGCCGGUUUUAGUAGGGCGGACACCCUGAAUUUACACAUAAAACAGAAUCACAGAGAGUUCCUGUCUGAUAAAUUCAAAUGUGUGCAUUGCGAUCGCAACUUUGAGAAGCAAAACGCGUUGACCGUACAUUUAAAAACGCACGAUCGCCAGAAGUUGACGGGCGAAACCAAUUCUCCUAAACCAAGCCAUAACAAAAGUAUCUAUUUUUGUUCAAUUUGCGAUUUAGGAUUUGCGUUAGCCAAAGAUUUGCGAAAUCACGUCCUCUCUGCGCAUCCGUUUUAAGAUCUGAAUCGUUAGAUUUUUUAUACUUGAAAUAAUGAUCUGCUUGUUUAUAUGCUUGAUUAAUUUUAGAUCUUCUAGUAUUAAAAGUUGAAACUGUUAUCGGUAACUAAGUACGAGUUGUUGGUUACACUGGUUAUCAUGCCGAUUUGAUUUUAAAUACUUCAGUACAAAUGGUGAGUUGGGGCACCUGUGAAAAUCUCGGGUUUAUUCCAUUCAUUGUGAAUUACAGGCUACUACCUAAGUUUUUAAGUUCAUUAUACAUACAUUUUUUUUUAUUAUAUAGAGGUAUUGUUACCUUUAGCUAUCAUUAUUAUUAUUAUAUUUUGUAUUUAUAUCACUACAAUCUUUGUACUUUUGAACAAGUGUAAAAAUGUUUGGAAACAUUUUUCUAAUAAAUUAUAUUUUUUCGAAAA